GAGGGAGGUAUGCUGGCCAGGAGGAGGGGCUGGGGGUGAUGGAGGAAGGUUGGUGGCCAGGCCGGCCGGCUGGCCAGAGCACCACUCCACACACAGUACCAGAACAGACAUGGCGCCCGUCCUCGGCUACUGGAAGAUCCGUGGCCUGGCUCAGCCAAUCAGGCUGAUGCUGGAAUAUACUGGCACAGAAUUUGAAGACAAAUAUUAUGAAUGUGGCCCGGCUCCAGAUUAUGACAAGUCUUGUUGGUUUGAUGUUAAGUCUGACUUCGGUCUAGACUUUCCUAAUCUACCUUAUUACAUUGAUGGUGAUGUAAAGAUCACUCAGAGUAAUGCUAUCAUGCGUUACAUUGCACGCAAACAUGACCUUUUGGGCAAGACGGAAGAAGAGCGAGUGCGUGUUGACAUCCUUGAGAACCAAGCCAUGGACUUUCGAAAUGGAUUUGUCAGGCUCUGUUACCUUGAGUUUAAUCUUCAGAAACAACGAUACUUGGAUGCUCUUGGAGGUACUUUAAAGCAGUUCUCGGAGUUCCUUGGAAGUCGGCCAUGGUUUGCUGGAGACAACAUCACAUUUGUCGAUUUCCUGAUGUAUGAACUGCUUGACCAGCAUCUGCUGUUGGAUGAUACAUGCCUUAAAAAUGCUAAGAAUCUACAGGAAUAUCUAAAACGAUUUGAGGAAUUGGAGCCGAUCAAGAAGUACAUGGCCUCGCCAAAAUUCAUGAAGGCUCCAAUUAAUAACAAGAUGGCUAAGUUUGGAGCAACGGUUUAUAACGUAAUCGGGCCAGGAUUCCUGGGCGGUACUCCCAACUAUAGGAUCCCGACUGGAUCCCAACCCCAAACGAGGACCCCGAGGUCACCUCCGGGACCACUGGACCAGCAGCCGGCGAGAGUGCGAGACACAUUCAGUGGUGAGCGGCCGUCGCAGCAAGAAGCAGUGUUCAACAUGGCUCCCGUCGUUGGUUACUGGAACAUCCGUGGGAUGGGACAGCCCAUCCGGCUGUUGUUGGCCUACUUAGAGACGGACUUCCAGGACAAGACCUACACUGCUGGCCCUGCCCCGGACUACUUCGAGAAGUCUGACUGGUUCCCCGUGAAGUUCGCCCUCGGCCUUGAUUUUCCCAACCUGCCAUAUUACAUUGACGGAGAUGUGAAGAUCACUCAGAGCAACGCCAUCCUCCGCUACAUCGGGCGCCAGCACGACCUGUGCGGCAAGACAGAGCAAGAGAAGAUAAGGGUCGACGUGCUGGAGAACCUGGCCAUGGACAUGCGCAGGUCGUACGCUGAAUAUGUGUACCGCAACUACGACACUCAGAAGGAAGAGUAUGCAGAGUCUCUGAAGAAAACGCUGAAGAUGCUGUCAGACUUCUUGGGAGAUAAACCUUGGUUUGUUGGAGAUCAGAUCACUUACCCAGAUUUCCUUCUGUAUGAGCUUCUGGACGUCAACCUUGAGGUGGACAGCGCCUGCCUUGACGACACUCAGAACCUGCAAGAGUUCGUGAAGCGGUUUGAGGCGCUGCCCACCAUUAAGAAGUACAUGUCUUCUCCCAGUUUUAUGAAGACUCCUCUGAACGGUCCCAUGGCCAAGUUUGGGAACAAAUAAAUUUUCCUCACCAAAGAUAGUGCUGAUACAGCAUUUUCAUUACAAGUAAAGUGUUUUCAGUUUUGCAACUGUAGCCAUGUAUGUUCCAACAAUAUAUACAAUAAAUUCUUAGUUCUUA